AUGGAUAAAGAUGUUGGUCGACCACGAGUAACCAAAAGAAAGCGAAUCUCAAGAGCAUGCGAUCCGUGCCGUGCUCGGAAACAUCGGUGUGAUGGUCGACGGCCGAGCUGCUCGGCGUGCUCUAUGACCCAGCACCCAUGCAGUUACGAUUCUGGUAUGAAGAAGCGCGGGCUACCUACUGGAUAUGUACGGUCUCUA